GACCCCGGGGAGGCGGAGCGGGGCCGAGCCGAGCCGAGCCGAGCCCGGGCGAGCCGAGCCCGGCCAUGGAGGGUUCGGAGCCCGUCCGGGGCGAGAUGCGGCGCUUCACCUGGGAGGAGAUCGGGCAGCGGAACGGGAGGGGGCCGGCGCCGCAGGAGCGCUGGCUGGUGAUCGACAGGAAGGUGUACGACAUCAGCCACUUCUGCCGGAGACACCCGGGGGGCUCCCGGGUCAUCAGCCACUACGCCGGGCAGGACGCCACGGAUCCUUUCAUUGCUUUUCAUCUUGACAAGGCGCUGGUAAGGAAGUACAUGAACCCUCUCCUGAUUGGGGAACUGGCUCCAGAUCAGCCCAGCUUUGAGCCCAGCAAGAACAAAAAGCUGGUGGAGGAUUUCCGUGAACUCCGUGCCACCGUGGAGAGGAUGGGGCUUCUCCAGCCCAACCACGCCUUUUUCAUCCUCUAUCUCUGCCACAUCUUGAUGCUGGAUGUUGCAGCCUGGCUCAUCAUCUGGUAUUUUGGAGCAUCCUUGGUGCCUUUCCUCUUCUCUGCUGUGCUUCUGGGCACUGUCCAGGCCCAGGCUGGCUGGCUCCAGCAUGAUUUUGGACACCUGUCAGUCUUCAGCAAGUCCAGGUGGAACCACUGGGUGCACAAGUUCGUCAUCGGCCACCUCAAGGGAGCCCCGGCCAGCUGGUGGAAUCACCUCCACUUCCAGCACCACGCCAAACCCAACUGCUUCCGGAAGGAUCCCGAUGUCAACAUGCACCCCUUGUUUUUUGCUUUGGGGAAAACCCUCUCUGUGGAGCUUGGUGUGCAAAAGAAGAAAUUCAUGCCUUACAACCACCAGCACAAGUACUUCUUCAUCAUCGGCCCCCCAGCGCUGGUGCCCCUUUAUUUCCAGUGGUACAUCUUCUACUUCGCCGUGCAGCGGAAGCAGUGGGUGGACCUGGCCUGGAUGCUGUCCUUCUACAUCCGAUUCUUCCUCACCUACUUCCCCUUCCUGGGUGUGAAGGGUACCCUGGGGCUCCACCUGUUAGUCAGGUUUAUAGAAAGCAACUGGUUUGUCUGGGUCACGCAAAUGAAUCACAUCCCCAUGCACAUUGAUUACGAUAAGAAUGUGGACUGGUUCUCUACCCAGCUCCAGGCAACCUGCAAUGUUCAUCAGUCCUUGUUCAAUGACUGGUUCAGUGGCCACCUGAACUUCCAGAUCGAGCACCACCUUUUCCCUACAAUGCCACGGCACAACUACUGGAAGGUGGCCCCUCUGGUGAAGUCCCUGUGUGCCAAGCAUGGCAUUGAGUACCAGUGCAAGCCUCUGCUCACGGCCUUUGCAGACAUCGUGCACUCUUUGAAAGAUUCCGGGGAGCUCUGGCUGGAUGCUUAUCUACAUAAGUAAGCAGCAGUGGAUCCUUGCAGGGGAAUUCCCCAGCCUUGCUGCCUCCUGUGGUGGUCACCCUGAAGAUCCUGCCCUGAGGAGAGCUGGCUAAGCCAGAUUUGGGGAGGUGGUGCUGCUUAAUUCCAUGGAUGAAUGUAAUUAAUAUGAUUUUUCCCUUUUUUUGGUUGUUUUUUGUUUGUUGCUUUUUUUUUUUUUUUUGUAAUAUGUGCUCUUAAUUUUUUCUUACUCUUCUUUCAUUCCUCUUCUCUGGUGCUGAGUUCUGGGGAGAAGCUGGAUGGAGGAGGUUGUGUCCCAUCGAGCUGGGGACAGCUUUGGGACUGGGAACAGGUUCCUUUCCAUCUGCUGAUCCUUCAUUUGCUGAGUGUAUAGGAGGGAAGCUUCUUAUCUAACAUAGGCUUUUUGGGGUGGCUCUCACUGUGAGUGUAGUAAGAAAGUUGGGACAGCAUGAAAUCAAGCAAUGUGGGAAUUAGGGAAAUGUGGAAGCUGUAGGGAAUGGGGUAGGUUCAGUAUUUUCAAAUCCCUGUUUGUAACAGGGAGCUCCCAGACCAAUCUAUACAUAUGUGGGUGGGGUGGGGAGGUGCAGGCAGCAGUUCUCUAGGAACAGGAUCUGGUUAGAGGCCUAAUUGAGGCAGGGAAACAGGAAAGUGGAAGUUUUUCCAUAUGCCAUAUUCUGUGGGAAUGCUGCCCUCCACACCUCUGGAAGCCUCUGCGUUAUUUGGCCACUGGUGACAUUCCAGGGGGGAUCUGCAAGGGGUUUCCUCUGCGCCAGACUUUGGAGUGUUACGAAGCCAUUACUGAGUCAGAAGAGAGAGAAGCCUGUCCCAUCCAUACCCAGGAUCCCUACAAGAGUGACUAAGGAAGCGAAAGCGUUCCAGACCAGGCUGGACAAGGCUUGGAGCAGCCUGGUUUAGUGGAAUACAGUAAACCGUGGCAAGGGAUGGAAUGAGCUGAGCUUUAAGGUCCCUUCUAACCCAAACCUUUCUACAGUGAUUCUGUGUGAAGGGUGAUCAUAAUCACUCUGUGAUUGCCUGAAGCUUUGGGCUUUUUUGGACCUUUGGGUGAUUUGUUAAAAGGAGAGAAUUCCUGGCUCAUGGAGAGUGAGGCAUUCCUGCCUGAGCAGCAGACAAAUCUAAGGAAGUUAGAAAGGUGGUGGGGGUCAGCCUGCUGUUUAAAAGUGUUUAACUUUUCAUUCAGCUGCAGAUCCACAGGCACACCUCAGCCAAAACAUUGCUGGCCUCCCUCUCUUGGAUGAUGUGCCUUCCAAACACACUGUUAAAUCCUGUGGGAUUUACUGAAUGGUUUUACUGCCUUUUCUGGGGCCUUUUCAUUUACUGCCCCAGCAUUACAAAUGCCAAACCAGGAUGUAGCACCUGCUACAUCACUGAGGAAGGUGCUCCAUCACCCUGGGCCCCCAGGGACUGGUGGGUUAGAAUCCAGGAGGAAUGGGUUGAUUUUGAGGAAUUUUUUCCCAAUCAACAUCCAAAAUGAGGAUGAGGUGUUGCCAGAAUGGAAGAAACAGAUCUUCUCAGGCCAAGAGUGUUGUUAACUACAGGAUAAAAUUGUAAUGGGAGUAACAAUACAAUAACACAUAUAUAAUAUAUAUUAUAUUGUUAUUGUUAUAAUAUAAUAUUGUUAUAUAAUAACAAUACAUCAUACAAUCAGAUACCUGUUGAUUAGGACCAUAAAGGAAGUGGGCCUUAGUUAUUGUUUUACCUUGGUUUUUUCCUGCUCCAUUUCUUUCCCUCAUAUUACAACUGUGGAUGGAGGAAAGUCAGUUAAUAAAAUUUCUUAUCUUACCAA